AUGGGUAUCAGCUUCAAGGGCCUCACUUCGGCUGCUCUGGUCAGCAAGAGUGACCGCGACGCCAACAUGACGGAGAAGGACGUUGCCGACGUUCCUGCCUCUGUUGCUGGGCACAGCACCAGCAUGGAUGGCGGCCACCGACCUGUCGAUGAGAAGUUGGGCGCUCCUCGCUCUGAGGAUGAGACCGACGAUGAUUCCCUGAACAAAGUCGACACCACGGUCGAGGCCGGUGUGCAGAAAGCGCAGGCCAUGACCAUGGUAUGGACCAAGAAAGAACUCCUCCUGGCCUAUGUCAACGUAUGGUGCCUGGCUUGGAUCCUUGCCUUCACGUCAAGCAGUAUCUACCUCUUGACGCCUUAUGUCACCUCCUCCUUCGAGGCGCAUUCCUUGACUGCGUUGACCAGUGUCAUCGCGAGUCUCGUCGCUGGUAUCUGGAAGCUCCCAUACGCCAAGAUCAUGAAUAUCUGGGGUCGGCCAGUGGCUCUCACCAUUGGUAUCAUCAGCUGUGUCAUGGGUCUCGUCAUGAUGGCCGGAUGCAAAAACGUACAGACGUACUGUGCUGCCAUGACCUUCUGGUCCACGGGCUACAACAUGGUUGACUUUUCCAUCACCAUUUUCGUCGCCGAUACCUCCAAGCUUCGCAACCGAGCAUUCUUCAUUGCUUUCGUGGCUUCGCCUUGGCUCAUUACCACAUGGGUGUACCCUCCUGCAAUGGCCAGCGUCCUGAGUGAAGGUGGUAUGGGUUUCAAAUGGGGAUUCGGCAUGUUUGCCAUCAUCAUCCCUGUCGUUGCUGCGCCGCUUAUCUUCAUGUUCACCAAGAACAACAGGAAGGCUCGCGCUCAGGGCCUUGUUCCUGAAGAGCCUAGCCGUGGCAGCUUCUUCCAAGCCCUCAAGUACUACGUCAUCGAAUUCGACGUUGUCGGUCUGCUGGUCCUCGCCACCGGUCUUGCGCUCUUCCUCUUGGCCUUCAACCUCUACAGUUUCCAGGCCGACACCUGGCGGUCGCCCAUGAUCAUCUGCUUCAUCAUCUUUGGCGCCCUCCUGAUUAUCGCAUUCGGCGUGUGGGAGAAGUAUGGCGCUCCAGUCACUUUCGUUCCAUGGCACCUACUGAAGAACCGCACCGUCAUCUUCACGUACACCAUGGCUUUCUCUCUGUACACCGCCUGGUAUGUCUGGGAUUCGUACCUCUACUCCAUGCUCGUCGUUGUGUUCAACCAACCCAUCCUUUACGCCGGAUACAUCAACAACACGUACACCAUGGGAUCGUGCUUCUGCAGUCUCAUCUAUGGCGUCGCUCUCCGCUACUACGGCAAACUCAAGAUGUACUCACUAAUCCUGGGUGUACCGCUCACUAUCCUUGGUGUGGGCCUCAUGAUUCACUUCCGCCAGCCUGACGUCAACAUCGGUUACAUUGUCAUGUGCCUCAUCUUCAUUGCCUUCGGCGGUGGUAUCCUUGUCAUCUCUGAGCAGACGACUCUCAUGACUGUGUCGAAGCAGCAAGACUACCCCGCACUGCUCGCCACCGAGUCCAUGAUCAUCGCUGUCGGAUCCGCCAUCGGAUCUACCAUCGCCGGUGCCAUCUGGACGGGUGUCUUCCCCGUGCGCCUCAUGGAGAACUUGCCUGCCGAAUCUCAGAAGGACUUCGCCGCUAUCUACGGCGAGCUCGGCACGCAAAGCUCGUACCCCGUCGGCAGCCCGACACGCGAUGCUAUCAAUCUCAGCUACGGACAGGCCCAGCGCUACAUGCUUAUCUCGGCUACUUGCCUGUACCUUAUUACCUGGGUCAGUGUCGCGCUCUGGCAGAACGUGGAUGUCAAGAAGACGAAGCAGAGGACUGUUGGUCUGUUGUAG